AAAAAUAUGGAACACAGUAAGCUAAGUCUCCAUUGAAAUUUCAUUGUUUAGUCAGAGAAAUCAUUCAUCCAUGUAUCUGAUUGUAUCAAUUUUCAUGCAGGGGAUACACCGCACCAGAGUACACAAACAAUGGGGAAUUUACUAUCAAAUCAGACAUAUAUAGUUUGGGUGUUUUAAUAGAAAACAUACUAAAUAAUGGACAACACACGAUAUCCAUGGAUGAUACACUGGGCAAGUGGAGUGGAAGGUUGGACCAGCUCGAUGCAUCUGAGAAGCACACACAACUGGAACAAGUGAGAGCAUGCAUCGACAUAUCAAAAAGGUGCAGACAACAUGAACCAGAGAGUAGACCUGUUACACAGGAUAUCCUCGGUUCCCUUGGUGUUGACACUUCUUCCUUACCGGUAUCGGUACAGCCGCAGGCAUCAAUCACAGGCAUGGAGUCAAUGGUGCAGGCCGAGCCAUCAUUGGAGGGAGAAACCGGCCGCACGUCCAAGAUGCUUCAAUCGGAAUCGUUGCUGAUUGCCAACAACAAGCCCCGUCACUGGAGAUGGAUAUCCCUCCCAGAUUCCAGGUUUGCCAAGUAUGCGGAGCUCCUGAGUGUGUACUUCCUCGCGAUCAGCGGAGAGGUCUCACCAGCAGACCUUUGCGCCGGUGCAAGCUACACCGUUUACCUAGUGUACAAGCUGGCGAGCAGCUCCUGUGGCUUGAGAGGUUUCGUGCAGACGUCGUCGCUUAGGCUCCACGGGGAGCAUACCGUCGCCACCAGCAAGGUUAGCCUCGGCCAGGAAGCGUGCGCAUCGGACAGCGAUGUUACCUACCCUGUCCCGAGGAGCGAUGGCUGGUUGGAGCUUAAGCUGGCGGAGUUCACAAAUGAUGACGAGAUGCGACAAGAGAAGGGGGUGAUCGUGGAUCUCCGUGAGGAGAACGUCGCCGUGGAGAAGAGAGGACUCAUCGUGGAGGGCAUGGAGUUCAGGAGCAAUUAGCUGUGCUCAUGUCAUUUGUGGCCAUGCUAUUCAGGGAUUUGAUAUGUAAUAAGCCCAGCUUGGCAAACAUACAUUCAUGUUAGUCUCAAAUCACGUAAAUUUCUUACUGUUAAACCAAAAGCAUUAUGUUCUACUUGUAUUUUCUUAUAUUUAGAUUUUUUUUUCUUGUAAGCACAUGAACACUUGUUCAGAUGAACUUGAACAAUUUUUUCAAUACACAAACAUCAUUUUGUUUUAAGUUCUACCAACCAUUUCUGUCACAUAUAAGAACAAAUUCCAAAUAAAGACAUGAUUCUUGUAAUAUCCACAUGGUUUUUUUUUCUUAUUUUUGAUAUAGCUUACAAUUCAUGCCGAAUAGUACAUGAAUAACUUUUUGCGACACAUGAAUGAAUCUUUUGAAAUAUAAUAAUAUAUAUU